GCCAGAAAACGAAACCAAUGGACUCGAGCGUUAUUGCAGGGCUACCAAUAGGCGGUUCGGAAGGCGGGCCUCUAUGUGUUUGGGUUCGUGCUUCUCCAGGGAGUGAGACGGCGGCGACGAGGAAAGUUUAUUUUUUGGAGGCGGUGUUUCCCUCCUCCCCCUGCCAUUUGUUUGGAUCUUAAGAUAAGCGGGUAAAGCGGCUCCUGCAGACGCGCCGAGGAGGAGGCGGCGGAGGGCUUCGCGGCUGCACCGCGGCGAACGGAGAGGCGACGAUCGUGGCUUCUUGUGGUAAUUUGACUUUUGCACUGAAUGUAGCCAGGACAGGUCCUAGUGGGCUUCAAUAGCCCUAAGAAGCUGUCAAGAAUUUCAUAUUUCAGCAGAAUUUUGCACAUAUUCUGUUCCCAUGCAAACCGAUGAGGGAGAAAUUUUGGAAGAAGGCAGUUCCAAGAUGGAACAUGAGGAUUUUGUAAUGGAAGGGCAUGGCAAGACUCCACCUCCUGGUGAAGAAAACAAACAAGAGAAGGAGCAAGAAAAGGAAGAACAGUUAAUGGAAGACAAGAAAAGAAAAAAAGAGGAUAAGAAAAAGAAGGAAUCUACUCAGAAGGUCACAGAUCAAAAAACCAAAGUGCCCGAAGCGACAAAAACAAGUUUAAGCCAACCAGUGACCGCCAGCCCAAUUGGCAGCUCUCCAUCGCCACCUAUAAAUGGUGGCAAUAAUGCCAAAAGGGUGGCAGUGCCGAAUGGUCAACCGCCAAGCGCUGCCCGCUACAUGCCUCGGGAGGUGCCGCCGCGAUUUCGUUGCCAGCAGGACCACAAAGUGUUAUUGAAACGUGGGCAGCCCCCUCCGCCAUCUUGUAUGCUCCUUGGAAGUGGAGUAGGGCCUACUUCCUCUCCAGCACCUGGAGUAAAUCCAAACAACGCACAACCAGUAACAGGAGUGCUACUGCCAUGUGACAGUGGGACUGCAACCGAUUCAACAACUGGAGGUGCUGCUGCUUCAAAUUAUGCAAAUUCCACUUGGGGUCCUGGAGUGUCCUCCAACAGCACCAAUGUCAACCCUACUCACGUCUGGGACAAGGUGAUUGUAGACGGGUCUGACAUGGAAGAGUGGCCUUGUAUUGCUAGCAAAGAUACUGAGUCUUCUUCCGAAAACUCCACAGACAACAACAGUGCCUCAAACUCCGGCUCAGAGAAGAGCACUCUGCUGGGAAGCACCAGUAGCAACAAAGGAAAAGGAAACCAGUGCCAGUCUGGAAGCUCUGGUAAUGAAUGUAAUCUUGGGGCUUGGAAAUCCGACUCCAAGGCUAAACCUGUUCAAUCUUCCAGUCCUUCAGUAGAGAAUAAUGGUAGUCUAGCAAGCUGGAGAAACUUGAGUGGGCAGGAUAGAAUUGGCCCCAAUCCUGGCUUCAGCAACUUUAACCCAAAUAGCAACCCAUCUGCUUGGCCAGCACUAAUUCAGGAGGGCAAUUCAAGGAAAGGGACUUCAGAAACUGAUAAUGGUGGUUCAAAUGCACAGAUUACUACAACAGGUCAGACUUCUAGGGAACAGCAGUCAAAGAUGGAAAAUGCGGGUGUUAAUUUUGUCUCUGGCAGAGAACAUGCUCAAAUCCACAACACUGAUGGACCAAAAAACGGAAAUGCUAUAUCCUUGAACUUAAGUUCACCAAACCCAGUAGAGAAUAAGGGAAUGUCCUUUGAAAUGGGCUUUGGGAACCCCUCCAGGAGCACUGAUACCCCUUCACAAAGCACUGGAGAGAGAAAAACUGGGAACGUUGGGUCUUGGGGUACAGCUAGGGGGCCUUCUGGAAUGGACAGUGCUUCUAAUCAAGGUAAUUCUGGAAAUCAUGGGAACAAUGGGAAGGAUAGGGAAGACUUGUGGAAGGGAGCUUCUGUUCAAAAAUCGAAUGGGUCAAGAAAUGAAUCUUGGGAUAAUAAUAAUAGAUCUACGGGUGAUGGGUCUUGGACCGUUGGCCCUCAACACUCUGGUGAAAGUAAAUGGAAUGAAGGGAACAAAAUGACAUCAGGGAUGUCUCAGGGAGAAUGGAAACAGCCGACUGGGCCUGAUGAACUGAAGAUUGGUGAAUGGAAUGGUCCAAACCAACCAAAUUCUAGCACUGGAGCAUGGGACAAUCAAAGGGGCCACCCGCUUCCUGAAAACCAAGGUAAUUCCCAGGCUCCCUGUUGGGGACGAUCUUCUAGUUCCGCAGGAAGUGAGAUUGGAGGUCAAAGCACUGGAAGCAACCAUAAAGCAGGAAGCAGUGAUAGUCACAAUUCUGGACGCCGAUCAUACAGGCCUACACAUCCUGAUUGUCAGGCAGUUUUGCAAACUUUAUUAAGCAGGACUGAUUUAGAUCCCCGAGUGCUUUCAAAUACCGGUUGGGGUCAAACUCAAAUCAAGCAAGAUACUAUUUGGGACAUAGAAGAGAUGCCAAGAGCUGAAGGAAAGUCUGAUAAAGGUACUGAGGGGUGGGAGAGUUCUACCAUACAGACAAAGAACUCAGGGGGCUGGGGAGAUGCACCCAGCCAAAGCAAUCCAAUCAAGUCUGGAUGGGGUGAGCUUUCAACUCCAACAGAAUGGAAAGAGCCCAAAAACACUGGAGGAUGGAAUGAUUACAAGAGCAAUUGUUCUAACUGGGGAGGGGGAAGACCAGAUGAAAAAGUCACAACAUCUUGGAAUGAGAAUUCCAACAAAGACCCAGGAUGGAAUGGGCGGCCACCUAAUCAGGGAUGGUCUUCUGGGAAGAAUGGCUGGGGAGAAGAAGUUGACCAGCCAAAAAAUGGCAAUUGGGAAACUUCAGGAAAUAAAUCAGGUUGGAAUGAAGCUGGCCAGAAUGAGAUUGGCACUUGGGGUAAUAAUGCAAAUUCAAACUCUUCUUCUAAAGCAGGGUGGGAUAAUAAUAAAAGAACUCCAGCAUGGAAUGAUACUGGUAGACAACCCAGUUCCUGGAAUAAUCCACAGCAGCACCAUCAGCAGUCAGAGGCACCCAGUUCCUGGGACCCACCACCACCUCCACCACCACAGCAGCCUCCAGGUAAUGGAAGGCUACCCAAUUCUAACUGGAACAGUGGGCCACAGUCAACUAUCUCAAAGGAUGAAGAACCAAGUGGCUGGGAAGAACCAUCUCCCCAGUCAAUUAAUCGUAAAAUGGAUAUUGAUGAUGGCACCUCAGCCUGGGGAGACCCCAAUAGUUACAACUAUAAGAAUGUGAACUUGUGGGACAAGAACUCACAAAGUGGACAAGCUUCACGAGAACAGAACCACCCUCCUCCAAGGCCAAGCAAAGUAACAGCCUCAGUCUGGAACAAAAGUACACCUCCUGCACCAGAUAAUGGUACCGCUGCUUGGGGUGAACCAAAUGAAGCCAGUCCUGGUUGGGGUGAAGUCGAGGAAGCAGGAACUUCUACCACAUGGGGAAAUGGAUCCUCCAGUACAUCAAAUGCCAUAAAACCUAAUUCCAAAUCACCUCAAGAUGGCUGGGGCGAUAAUGAUGGGCCAGUAUCGGGAACCCGGCAUUCCAGCUGGGAAGAGGAAGAGGAAGGAGGAGUCUGGAACACAGCAGGCUCUCAGGGAAGUAAUUCCUCCCAUAAUUCAACCAGCUGGGGACAAGGAGGAAAGAAACCACAAAUCAAGUGUUCAUUAAAAGGAGGAAGUAGUGAUUCAUGGAUGAAUACCUUAUCUGAUCAGAUUUCAAAUAUGGGAUUGUUGAAUCAAACUGAAGAUACUUCAGGCAAUAAGAUGGACUUAUCAGUAGGUGGUCUACAAGAUAAGAAGUUUGAUGUAGACAAACGAGGAAUGAAUCUUGGAGACUUUCAUGACAUAAUGAGAAAGAAUCGAUCUGGUUUUCGUCCUCCUAGCUCCAAAGAUAUGGGAAACCCAGAUAGUGGGCCUUAUUUUGAAAAGCUGACUUUGCCUUUCUCCAAUCAAGAUGGGUGCCUUGGGGAUGAGGCUCCCUGCUCUCCCUUCUCCCCUUCUCCCAACUACAAGCUAUCUCCCUCUGGUUCCACAUUACCAAACGUCUGCCUUGGGGCAAUCGGCUCAGGGCUCAACCCCCAAAACUUCGCUGCUAGACAAGGUGGCAAUCAAGGUCUGUUUGGAAAUAGCACAGCACAAUCGAGAGGGAUGCACCCACCAGUGCAGCCGCUAAACCCUUCCCCCAAUAUUCGGGCACAAGUGCCUCCUCAGUUUCUUUCCCCCCAGGUUUCUGCAUCCAUGCUUAAGCAAUUUCCUAACAGUGGUCUGAAUCCAGGCCUUUUCAAUAUGGGGCCCCAACUUUCUCCUCAACAAAUUGCUAUGUUGAGCCAACUUCCACAGUUUCCUCAGUUUCAGCUUGCCUGUCAACUGCUCCUCCAGCAGCAGCAGCAGCAGCAGCAACAACAACAACUAUUACAAAAUCAGAGAAAGAUUUCUCAAGCUGUACGACAACAACAGGAACAACAGCUUGCCCGUAUGGUAAAUGCCCUUCAACAACAGCAAAGACAGCCAGGCAUGAAACAUUCUCCAUCCCAUCCAGUUGGACCUAAGCCUCAUUUAGACAAUAUUGUAUCUAGUGGUCUAAAUGUGGGUCUCUCAGAUAUGUCAACCAAAGGGCAGAUUCCUGGAUAUAAUUCAGGUUUUGGUUCAAAUAGCAUGGAUUAUGGCAUGGUAGGAGGAAAAGAAACUGGAACAGAAUCUCGCUUUAAACAGUGGACUUCUAUGAUGGAUGGCUUGCCACCUGUAGCUUCCCAAGAUGCCAGUAUGCACAAAAAUGGGACAAUUGUGCCCCCUGGAAAAGCCCGAGGGGGAUCUCCCUAUAACCAAUUUGAUAUAGUUCCUGGCGACCCACUGGGCAGCCAUACAGGUCCUGCUGGUGAUAGUUGGCUACCAGCCAAAUCCCCACCAACCAGUAAAAUUGGAAGCAAAUCCAGCAAUGCCAGCUGGCCACCAGAAUUUCAGCCAGGAGUGCCGUGGAAAGGUAUUCCAAACAUUGAUCCUGAAUCUGACCCUUAUGUGACCCCAGGAAGUGUGCUGGGAGGUACAGUCACAGCCCCCAUUGUAGAUACCGAUCACCAACUUCUGCGGGAUAACAGCACAGGGUCUAAUUCUUCCCUCAACACCUCGCUGCCUUCACCUGGUGCCUGGCCCUACAGUGCCUCUGACAAUUCUUUCACAAAUGUUCAUAGCACUUCAGCAAAAUUCAAUGAUUACAAAUCAACAUGGUCCCCAGAUCCCAUAGGACCUAAUCCCGCUCACCUCUCUACCAAGUUAUGGAAAAACCAUAUUUCCUCAAGAAACACUACAGGGCUGCCACGCCCACCUCCUGGUCUGAGUAAUCCGAAAACAUCCUCUCCUUGGAGCAGCACAGUGCCCCGCUCACUCAGGGGGUGGGGUGCGCAGGAUUCAAGGCUUGCCUCUGCCUCUACUUGGAGUGAUGGUGGUUCUGUACGUCCCAGCUACUGGCUGGUUCUUCACAAUCUCACUCCGCAGAUUGAUGGGUCAACUUUAAGGACCAUCUGCAUGCAGCAUGGUCCAUUGCUGACAUUCCAUCUCAACCUGACCCAAGGCACCGCCCUUAUCCGGUACAGCACCAAGCAGGAAGCAGCUAAGGCCCAGACUGCACUGCACAUGUGUGUUUUGGGAAACACUACCAUCCUGGCUGAAUUUGCAACAGACGAGGAAGUUAGUCGCUUUCUGGCACAAGCUCAGCCUCCUACUCCUGCAGCAAACCCCAGUGCACCCACAGCAGGCUGGCAGUCUCUUGAGGCAGGACAGAAUCAGACAGAUCCAGUUGGACCUGCUUUGAAUCUUUUUGGUGGGUCAACAGGGCUUGGGCAGUGGAGCAACAGUGGUGGUGGCAGCAGUGGGGGUGACCUUGCUGGUGCUUCAUUAUGGGGCCCUCCAAAUUAUUCUUCAAGUUUAUGGGGGGUUCAAAGUGUAGAAGAUCCCCACAGAAUGGGAAGCCCUGCUCCCUUACUACCUGGAGACCUUCUAGGCGGAGGGUCGGAUUCAAUCUGAACUUAAAACUUUCAACUCUGACCUCGUGACCUUUUUGGAACAGCAGCAGCACUAACGUGACCUUUUCUUUUUUUUCAACUUGCAAUAAAUACAUUUUAAAAGGAAAAAAGAAAAUGGAGAGAGAAAAAAGGUGGGUCAUUGACAGGACCAUCUGAGCACAUAGUUGCCUCCCUUACAACUUCAGUUUUUUCGUUUGGAAUAUGAAUCCAAAAAGAGAACAUAUCACUCUUGAAAUACUUGAAUCAUGAACGCCAACUUAGAAAGACAAUGUGAAGCAAGUACACAUACCAUUUAAAACUAAACACAAAAAAUUUAAAAAAAAAAUUAGUUUCUAGUUUUUCACUUUUUCAUGUUAUACGGAAGUUGUUGCUAAGAAACAUAUAUACUGAAAAAUAGCUUUUUAACUUUGUUUGCACUGGGUGUGUUUCCGUCCUUAGGUCUACUAUGUUGGGGGUGGGGUUCAGAAGAAUUGGGGUGGGUUGGGAGGGAAAGACUUGACGGAGCCUCACUUUAAAAAACAAAAAAGGAAAAAAAACACUUUGUGAUUGGCUGGUUGAUAUAUACCAGUAUGUUCUGGCACAUGUAACUGCCUGUGUGUGUGUGUGUGUGUGUGUGUGUGUGUCUGUGUGAGAAUGUAUGUCUGCAUGGUUGUGUGUGUGCGCGCGCACAUUUCUGUCUUGAAAAGCUGCAUUGUUGGUCAGCAACCUAUCUGACUAGAUUCUUAAACUGAAUAAUGAUGGUGCCUGUUGCAAAAAUCAAAUUGAUCUGUGUUUCAAAUCUUAUUAGUUGGUGGUAUUUUAGCAGGGUAUUAAGUGCACUACAACUUGUGUUCUGACCCUGUUAUAAAGCAAAACACUGCCAUAUCCUAAGGAUUUGGUGAGAGGGAUGCCAAUGUGUAAUUUUAGGGUUUCUGGGAAGGGAGAGGGAAAGAGAGAAUGUAGAAUUUUGUUUUGCCUAGAAGUAUAUUUUUCUUUAAUAAGAGUUAUUGACAGAACCCAAGGUUAUUUCUUAUGAAAAGGCUUUUCUUCUUCUGGGGACUUUCCAGAAGAAAGAAAGCAUCAUAUUUGUUUGUGACAAACACCUAUACAAUGGUUGAAGCUUCUGCAAUCUUAAAGAAUUCACUCCUGAAGCCUGUAUGAAGAUUCUUAUCCAUUCAUGGAAAACCCACUAAUAAUUCAGGCCAAAGUAUAUUUUCUUGAUCUACUGUUAUGACAGAGUUACAAUGUCAGUAGUUUGCUGGCCUGUCACCUAUUGAAAGCACAUGCAGCAACUUUUGUUCUCUCUCUCCCCCAUUGUGUUACCUGUGCCAGGCCUAGGUGUAUUACAGCACCAGAUCAUCACUGACAGAAACGUUUACUUAAGAAUGUUCUUAAACCAGUGUGUACUUUGAGCAUUUUUUUCUCUGUAUUUUUCCAUGUAUGUCAUGCUUAGGGUUUGCUUAGGCAGACAUAUAACUGGCAAAGACUUCCUUUGUUUAUAAAGUAUUGCACCUUUAUUAUUUUUACUUUUCCCUGUACUGUUGCUUUUUAUUGUCUGUAUUUAAAGAAAGGUUGUUGUUGUUGUUUCUUUGUUUUAAAAAACAACCAUUAUAAUAGUACUCCAGGCAUGAUAGGGGAGACCUAUCAUUUAUUCAAAAGAUAGCCAGUGUCUACACUGGGAACGGAAUUGCUUAUUGUGAAGACAGCUGUAGCAAACAUUGCCUUUAUAACAAAGGAGUUUUCAGAAUGGAUAGAUUGGAUAAAAACAAGUAGGGAACUCAUUGCAAAUAUUCUUUAAAGUAUUAGAACUUGGCUCUGGCUUUUCCCUAGGUCUGCAUUAUACUGAAUUUUAAAAAAAAGAAGUGCUGCAAUAUUCUGUACCAGCAUAUACAUUCAUACUCCAGCACUUGGAAGUAGCAGAUAAUAUUGUACAGUUUAGAAACAGAAGAAUCUUUCUCCUUCAACAGUUUCAUUGAACUAUACGGUGGUGUCUGGUAUAUAAAUAGAAGUGUGGAUAAGCAAGUUUAAAACAAACUUUCUUGCAUUUAUAUCAAAAGGGAGAUUUGCAAAUUAAUUUGGAAUGUGAAUUCUUUGACACAGAAAAGACGAAGGGAGUGCCCACGUUUAUAUUUGCCUGUUUCAGUAUCAUAAUAAGUAGGUAAACAUAAGCAGGUGUUAUGCAUUUAACUUUAAAAUCUGCAUAUGUGGAUUUCAGGAUUUUCCCUUAUUUUGCUUUUAUUCUACCUUGUUUGUGUAAGCAAGAUGAUUUUUUGAAUCCUGCCAGUUAUGUUUCCAUUAUAGCCCAUAAACAUGCCUGUUCCUAAAGCAACAAUGUUUGUUGCUAGACAUUAGCUGUUAAAAUCAUGCAGGAUAAAUUAAAAGAAAAAGUUAGAAAAACAUCAAGGUGCAGCAACUCAUGGCCCCCAAGCAUUUUCCAUUUGUGAUAUGACACACAAGCUGGCUUACUACUGUGUUGUCAUUCUUUCCCAACCUGCCUUUUGUUCCCUUUAUCUGCACUUUGGAUUUGUUGAAUUCAUUACAAUAUUAUGGUGAAAGCCAGGUGCUAGAGCCCCUCUUGUUUACAAGACAUAAUGAGGGAACUGAAAAAAAAAUUUAACAAAUGAAAAGCUAAAAUGUUCUUCCAUCACAAGCUUAAAGGGAAAAAAAUUAAACAUAAAAAGACCAAAAAGUGUGUGUGUGUGUGUGUGUGCAUGCGCACAUAUGUGUCUAUCUCAUAUAAAUAUACACACACACGCACACAUAUACACACACACACACUCAUGUAUGUAUGUAUGUAUAUCUCAAUGAAGAUUAACUCUGGGAGCAUUUAACAGUGUUUUGAGUUUAACAUUUAUUUUCCUGCUUUAUCUUUGCAAGCAUUCUCAGGAAUUCUAGGGUAGGAAGCCAGUUUUUGAAGAUGAUUUAUUUAAUCUUUACUUCUCCUAGAUAGAUGGCUGUUUCUUAAAAUUUUGCAAGUUCCUGGUCACACAGAAAAUGCAAGGGUUUUUUUCUUUAAGGAAAGCAAAAAAUUGAAAAAGAAAAACAUGACAAGGACAAAUUCCAGUCUUCAAAACUGUCGAUCAAUUUUUAAGCUACAACUCAAUUAGGAUACAAUUCUGACAUGUAGCAACAAAAAUUCAUUGUAUUCUUAAAAGUUCAGUUUGUGAGAAGAUUUAUACUUGUAGAGCUUAAUCUCAAGUGGGACGGUAUAUGCCAUUGAAUAGAAGAGAGGAUUGUGUAUGAAUGGAUUAUAAUCAUCUAGUUAUUUCUCAAAGAACAUAAUCUCUCUCCAAGCACCUUUUUUUAAAGAAAAAAGAAAAAAAUAAAAAUAAAAAAAUGAAAAUGUUACUUGAUUAUGUAAGUAAGCCACAGAUAACAGGAGAUGCUGGGAAUAAGGGUUAAUGCUUCCUGAAAUCUGUUUUCAGAUUGACAGAAUGCUUCAGAAAUGCUGCAUCUAUAUUAUGUCCCAGCAGUGAAGCAAUUUUAGCAUGUGUGUGUUUUAAAAGAGGAGUGAGUGACUGUAAGAGAAUUCAGUGAAAUGUGCAUUGUAAAAGAUUUGGCUUGCAUGAUUUUAAUACUAAUUUUGAUGUUUGGUUUUUAAUUUCUCUGCCAGAUUUGUGUAAAUGAUAGAAGUUUGGAAUUUUGAAAGAGAUAAAUUAGCUGUUGUUGCCAGAUACUGAUAUUCCCAUGAUUUAGAAUAAGUCUAUUGCUGCCAUGCUUAGAAUGAUUAGAUUUUAGCUUCCAGUACAAACAGGAAGGGCUUAAUUGGCUUGAUGCUUUUAGAUGGAAUAAAAUUACGAACCAUUUUAGUGCCUUUGUAAAAACAUCCAUAUAUCCUACAAAAGGACAAAUGCAGUCUAGUCACUCCCAAGGAUAUAAGUGACCCAUUUUCUAAAUUGAAAUAAUUGUUCUGGGCAUGCAGAGAAGAAACCUCAAAGGCCUAUCAUUAUUGAUUAAGGCAAUUUCAUCUUUAAAAACUUCUUGUUUUGCAGUAUUCAUCAUAUUCAAAAACCUUCUAGAAUGUUUAAUGAGAGUUCCUCCCCAUUAUUAUUAUUCAAUCUCAUAUGAUUUUUAGAGGCAAAUAAUAAAUGAUUACAAUGAUGGUUUCUCAAUGUAGGGAAAAAUAGUAACGUGUACAGUAGUGUUUGGUAACAUCAGUUGUUUUCUAUAGCUAUUGACCUGUUUCCCUCAAGUUCAUAUGUAAAUGAUGUAUCGACUGGAAAACAGUAUGAUGAGGCCUGUUGGGCAGUGUGUAUGUAUGUGUGCAUGUAUUAAUAAGCUAUCUGAAUACUUAAUCAAGUUUUGAUUUAUUGUUGACGAAUUCUUGACAAUUAGUGGACAAAUCUAAAUUUUUUAGGAUAUCUUACAGAAAUAUUGAGUGAUCAUUACUCAAUAAAUUCUAAGAGUAUACAAACAAUUACAUUACACAAAAUAUUUUACCUCCAAGCUGUGCAUAUGAAAGCUGUCAAAAUUUUAAAGGUUGAUAAAAAAUAUUAAAACCUUAGCAGACUUCUACCUUUUAAUAUAUAAAGUAUUUCAUUUCUGUUGUGGGGGAGUGGAAAGAUGACAAUAAAUUAGUACUGAAAGCUGCAUGCUCUGUCUGACCAGUGGAAGUGAUCUAUUUGGACACCAGACACACUUAACCAUACUCAAAAGAGAUUUUUGUAGGCAAAAAGGAAAUUGUGCCAGACAGGAAAAGACAGACAGUGAACAAACAAGAUUUUCAAUUAAUAGUUUAAUAUAAUUUUUGCUACUUUUAAGGACUAUGGAAACAACAAUAAUCAGGUAAAGUAUUUUAAACUGUUUUGUGGGCCAUGUUAUUUUCAUAUCAUUUGACAAAAAGGAGUCCAAGAGCUACAAAAGAUUCUGACAGAAUUGCUGGUCUUUACUUCACAUUUUAAAGCAAAGUAUCACAUUAUUUUGAUUUGCAUAAAAAUACCCUUUUACCAAGAAAGGGAAAAAGCUCAUGCCACUUCUGUUUAAUUUUGGGGCCAUAUAAACUAAUAAAUUAAUCUACAAAGCUCACUUAAAGCAGAUUUUAAAUUGUUAUAAGUCCUGAUAUUUUUCCUUACUUUCUUUAAAAUGUGCUUUUAAGUAUGACUUAUUUAGAAUCUGGCUUGGAUGAUUUAGAUAGGGUUUUUUUGUCUUGUCCUAACGAGAUUUUUUAUGAUCCAGGAUGUUUAUUUUUAGAACUUUCCUCAAUAUAGCAUCAGAGGAAAAUAUACCAUAACUUAGAAGAAGAAGCAGGCUUUCCCAAUGCAUCUGUACAGAAUUGCUCCUGAUUUUUUUUAAAUUGUUGAUUCCUUUUGUCAAGAGAUAUCUGAAAGCAGGUUUAUCCUCUACCACAUAUCCUCAAUAUAUCUACUAAUCUUCUUUAUAGACCCUUAACAGAAAUUAGUAACCCAUUUAUUGUUGUACGAUUGGACACUUUCUUCAAAUUUUAUUUUUGAAGAUUUUUUUAAAAAAAAAGGUAGAUCUGCAUAUAUAACCAGUUGAUUCCUAUUCAAGAUUACAUUCGUUUUUAUUGCUACAAUGGAAAGUGAAAUGAUGUAAUUCUGUCUUGCAUAUUUUAAACAGUGAACAUCCAAAUAAUUAUACGCUAGUAUAUUUUUAUAAUAAGGGCUGACAGAACCCCAGAUAAGGUUCUAUUUAGUUUAGUUAUAUUACUUGUUUAUAAAUAUACAACAACAAAAACAUUCUAUUCUUAGCAUAAAUUUACUCAAAAUUAAGUUUAAAUGAUACAUUCUCAAUUUAAUGCACUCUCUCAGGAGCAUGCAUUGAUUUUAAUCAUACUUAAUAAAGAAAUUCCAAAAAGUCUUUGGAAAAGUCUUUGUCAAAAAGUCUAGUUUGUGACAUUCUUCAUACUAAUAUCAGCCAUUGUGUGGCUUGAUAGUAUGCUAAAAUCUUGCUACGGACCUAAUGUACAGAAGGAAUUGGAUCUGACUUUAAAGUUGUGAAUCUUAUUACAUUAGUUUCAGUGUGAUUUUAUUGUAGGUAUGGUUAAAUUUGUAUUCAACUUUGUUUUACAUCCUAACACUCUUGCAUUAAUUUAUGUAUUCCAGGACUAUAUUGCAGAAUUUCCUACUGUACUAUUUCAUCUCAAAGCUUUAAACCUUCUCAAAAUGCAAUAGCAUUAAGUCUGAUCCCCAUAAUAGGGCUGUGCAGAGAUCAUGAUGUAUUUAGGCAUAAACGUAGCAUCUUCUAGGAACAAUUCAAAUCAAGCAUGAUUUUUCCCUGAAUCGUGCCAGCUCUAGAAAACUGCUCAAUGAGCACAGGAAAAGACUGCACUGCUUUAAAGUCUUUCUGAGUAUGUGUGCAUCUGCCCUUCAAAUCUGAAUCUGCAGCUUUAAUAAUUGUUCAUUUGUUUUGAUCAUAAAUAGAUCUAAAGAAAAAAUGCAACCUUGCUACAAAUAAACCCGUAUAAAUGGGCUGAAGUGAACUUUGUGCUGAAGAUGAGAACAUUUCUAAAAAAUACUGUUAAAUACAUACAAAUAGUAACCAAAUUAAAUUCUUUCCCUUCUAUGUAUUAAAACCAAAACAUUUUUAGCUAUAUCUUAUGAUUGGCAGGCCUCCUAAAAUGCUGGCAGUUACCAGACCAACAUAAGUGUCCUUUUCAAUGUUCUCAUUAGGGGUGCUACAUUCAAGGAAGAAGCUCAUUUGAUUUGCUUGGGUUUACCCAGUACUGUGGAUUUACCUAUACGCGAUCCCUAGCUAUAGCAAUAUGAAAUUCUUAAUAAGUCAAAAUAGCUGGAAAAUGUUUAAUAGGCACCAUAACAUAAGUAAUCAUAAAUGCAAAAAUGUCAAAAUAUUGGCAUUGAAUUUGUGCAGUAUAAGAGGUUUUUGCAAACAAAAUGGGCCAUAGAAGGAUCAAAGGAAUCAACCUCAAUUAAGAGCCAAUUUUGUUUCAUAUAAUUGAUAAUGAUGACAGCGAGAGAUACAUAUAUGUGUAUUAUUUUUAGCCAUAGAGUUGGAAUGUUUUUACUUGACUCUCACAGCCAUUUAUAUUAACAUAAACCCAUGCACUUCAAGCUAUUGAAGCUAAAGCAUUGUCUUAGGUGGUGUGUGUGUGUGUGUGUGUAUGUUUGUGGGUGUGUUUGGGUUUUUUAGAUAUAUGGCUCUUGUGUGGAACAGAAGAAAGUAAAGGAAAUGGAAAGAUGUUCCAUGGAUAUAGAACAGGUGGACAGUGUUGAGGGAAAGCAGUUUUUAAUUGCUUAGUGCCUCAUUUUAGGUAUUAGUAUACCAAUCAAUGCAUUCAAAAACUGAAUUGCUUAUUUCUUACAAUGUUUUGACCAUAAAGAAUAAAUGGAUUUUUCUGUAUUUAAAGAAAAAUACAAUUUUUAGCCGAGUCCUCCUUAUAGAUUGCUUAGCUUGUCGAAUGCUUUUUUCUUUUAAUGUGGUUGUGAAUAUCAAGUGCUUUUCUUAUCCCAUCCAGAUUUACUCACCCUCCCUUUUUAUAAACAUGCAGAGUGUUCCGUGGUUUGGGCCAGAGGGGACAGGGGAGAGAAAGGUAAUAAAAAACGAAUCAAGAUAGAGCAGCCUUACUUUAGGGACUAGCCUUACAACAGAGCUUUAUAGUGAGAGUGUGCUGUAUUCCAAAUUGUGUAAGCCAAAAAAUAUUUUGUAAAAUAUGCAAAAAGAGGUGUUAACUUCUUAAAGAAAUAUGAACCUUCUGAAGGUAGAAUAGACUUUCACGAAAUGAUAUAUUGUGAUGCUUCUUGCUGGGUCAGUAGGUUUGGGAUCUGGGAUAUAAGCGCUUAACAUUCCCUUGUGGGUUCUUCAGUUGUUUUUGUCUUUAUUUUAUUUUAUUUUUAAAAAGCAGUAAGUUAAAUGUGGUAUCAUUGAAUGUGCCUUUUUGAAGAUGUGACUGUCAGCUCAAGAUGAACUCUUGAACGUGACAGGGAUUGGUGGUCAGUUUGUUCUCUUUA